AUGCCUACCACCACGAUUACACCCCCGUUAACAACGACUACCACGCCUACCACUCCGACAACAACAGCCACACCUACCACAACGACAACCACUCCGAGAACUAUGGCAACCACGCCUACCAAAAUCACAACAACUCCAUCAACCGCGACUACCACGUUUACAGUUAUCCCUACUUCUACCGAUGCCACGCCUACAACUAUGACAAUUCCUACGUCAACUACAACAGCCACGCCUUCCACAACCACACCUAACGCUGAGACCACCUCUCCGACAACUAUGGAAACCACGCCAACCACUGAAACAACUCUGCCUUCCACUGAGGCAACUACUCCAUCAUCUACGACAUCCAUGCCCGUUACAACCACAGCAACACCUAUCAAUAUUGCAACCAUGACAACCAGUGCAACAACCCUGUCUACCACUAUCACAACCUCACCAUCAACUACGUCAUUCUCGCCGAUCACAACCCCUCAAUCAACGAUGACAUCGACGCCCAUCACAAGCGCUCCUACAACUACAGCAUCCACACACAUCACAGCCACAACUACAUUUGUCAACAAUACAACCACUUUGUCAUCUGUAACAACCAUACAAACGACAAAGACAACGAAGCCUGCAACUACGAAAACCACGCCAACCACUCCGACAGCCACCCCUACCACUGCAAUAACCACGCCAAGUACUGCAAUAACUACGCCUACCACUGUACCAAUCACGCCUACCUCUGCGACGUCCACGCCUUCUACACCAACAACCACGCCUGCCACUGUAAAUACCACGCCCGCCACUUUAGAAUUUGCUACGAUAUCAACAAACACACCAAUGGCUUCGACUAUAGCUUUUACUGGUUCAACGUCAUUAACACCGCCGUCUGCUGUAUUAACCACACAUCCUGCUGCAAUAACCACGCCUAGUGUUGUAAUAACCACACCUACUGCUGUAAUGACCACACCCCCUGCUGCAGUGACCACACCUAAAUUGAGCAAGACAACGGUCGAUCCCAAAGAUGGUGAUAGAGAGAAACAGAAGCAAGGCAAUGACGAAGAUAACGCAGGUAACAUGCAUCCCUGA